GAUUAACGAGGGGGUAUUGAUGCUCCAUAGGCUGGUGGAGCAUUGUCCAAACAGCCAUCAGCCACAAUUCAUCACCAACCCUGGCAAAGCACACCACACACUGACACGGCUCAUGGAGGCUAUGGUGUACUUUAAACCAUUUGUUUCAGAGAGCGCACCUCUUUUUUUGAUAAAGAAAAAUUAAAAUGUAUUUUAUUAAAAGUUAUGAAAUGUAGCCCACUCUUGGAGGACUUGGACAUUGAUUUUGACAGUUUUCUCUGAGGCCACGCCUGAUUUCUUGACGCCGCUGUUGUAUUGGUAGGGAGCACAGUGCCCAGGACCGCAUUGGCUGUUUUUUUUUUUCAUAAGGGUCCCAAACUACACCGAGAUUUGGAAUAUUACGUUACAGUCCUGCAGGAAAAUGGCGACUGUCAUUCAUAAUCCUCUGAAAUCGCUGGGUGACCAGUUCUAUAAGGAGGCCAUCGAGCACUGCCGCAGCUACAACGCCCGUCUGUGUGCCGAGCGCAGCGUCCGCAUGCCCUUCCUGGACUCGCAAACUGGCGUGGCCCAGAACAACUGCUACAUCUGGAUGGAACAGCGCCACCGCCAGCCAGGCCAGGCUGCGGGACAGAUGUACACCUACCCCGCUCGUUGUUGGAGAAAGAAGAGGCGACUCCACCCUCCCUUGGACCCCCAGCUCCGCCUGUGUGAGCUCCGACUGGAAGCCGAGCUAGCCCCCAAGCGGGAGGGGCCCCCUGGGGAGGCCACAGCCUUGGAGGCCCUGCUGAGGGGGGACGGGCUGCUGGAGAAAAAAAACAGCAUCAGUAAGGAGGAGGAGACCCUGCUGGAAAUACAGAGAGUCCUGGAGGCCGAGGAAAACGGCGAUGGCUUCCAUGACGAUGAAGACUUUGAGGUGGACACUCCAAAGAGAAAAAACAGGAACAGAGGCAAAGGCAGAGGAUCAGGUCGCAGGAGGACAGAAGCUGUUACCAGCGACGACCAGGACAAACCUUACGUCUGUGACAAUAGAUACAAACAAAAGCAUAACUCAAAAAGGGCUGAAGAAGUCUGUGGAAAGCGCUACAAGAACCGGCCGGGCCUGAGCUACCACUACACCCACACUCACCUGGCUGAGGAGGAGGGGGAGGAGGAGAAGGAGACAGAGAUGGCCCAGUCCCCUCCGCAGCGCUCUGACAACCACAAACCUCAGAAGGGCCCAGACGGCGCCAUCAUCCCCAACGACUACUGUGACUUCUGCCUGGGAGACCAGGACUCCAACAGGAAGACGGGCCAGGCCGAGGAGCUGGUCUCCUGCUCAGACUGCGGGCGCUCUGGUCACCCCACCUGUCUGCAGUUCACUGACAACAUGAUGCAGGCGGUGAGGACGUACCAGUGGCAGUGCAUCGAGUGCAAGUCCUGCAGCCUCUGCGGCACCUCAGAGAACGAUGACCAGCUCCUGUUCUGUGAUGACUGUGACAGAGGAUACCACAUGUACUGCCUGAAGCCCCCCAUGACCCAGCCACCAGAGGGGAGCUGGAGCUGUCACCUGUGUCUGGACCUGUUAAAGGACAAGGCCUCAGCCUAUGGAGAACCAUAACGCCUGGACAGUCCUCUCAGUGCAAACUUACGCUUACUCACAUCACUCACACACACACACACACACACACACACACUGCCAAAAAAAAUCUCCAUCUUAACAAGUCAUUUAGUCUCAUAUUGAGCGUGGAAUCCUUGUUAAAACAAGGUGAAGAAAAAUCUGCUGGUGAAUUGAGAUAAUAAUACUUGUUUCCAGUGCAGUUUCAGGAUUUCUUUUCUGUGAACAAUCAUAAAUAUGUUGAAACAAGGCAGA